AGCCCUUUGAAAAUUCCCAGUGCCAACGAAAAAUUACAAGCCACCAUGAGCAGAAAGCAAUCCCUGCAUCUGCUGGACAAAACGCUGCCUAUUUCGGUGGCCACCGCACCGCAGUUGCGCUCCCGCCGGCAGUUCAGCUUCAAUGGGCUGCGGUACGAGAUGAGUGGGUUGCCACCACUGCCGCCGCCGCCGCCGCCUCCGCAGCUCUCGCGGCUCAGGGCGGGUGGAGGAGGAGGUGGUGGCUCCCAGGAGAGCGGGUCAGCUGGCGGAGAUGGACAGCUCCCAAAAGGAGUCCUCCCCAAACGGGUGAGCCAGGGCGACAGGGCGCUGCUGAUGAACGGAGGCGUUCGGAUGCCCAGGAGAAGUGAGCUGGACUUUCCCAGGGAGAAACUAGAGAAGGAGAAGGAGGAGGAGGAGCAAUCCCAGCGGCGGCGGCGUGAGAAGAAGCAGCGUCGCAAGGAGCUGGAGGUCCCCAAUCCUCCCCAGAAUCCCAGUGGCAGUGGCCUGACCUCCCAGCAGAGCUGGCUAUUGGCCCAAUCCCUGCUGAAGGCCUACGGAAGCGGCCUGGUCGAGGGUGAAGUGGCCGCCACCUCCUCCUCCAAGAUGGACUACAUAACGCUAGCCGGUUUGGUGCUCGGCUGCGUGGCCUCGCAUGCCCUCUUUCUGCUGUGCUGGUACUUCAGCUGGCUGAAGAAUCAGGCCGUGGGCCUAAGGAAACGCUUCCUCGGCAACGCGAAUCUCUGGGAGUUCUUCGAUAUGGAGGAUACCAGCCGCUAUUCGGUGCAGACCAAGCUGGUGCUGGCCCCGCUGAUCCUCCUCUGUGGACUGCUCUACUGCGUGGUCAACAUGCUGCACCUGGUGGUCCAGGUGGUGCGAUCCGAUGUGCCGCGCACAGUGGUUGUGUUUGUCCAGCGGGUGGCGAACAGUGGUCUGCUGGGCACCAUCACCCUGGGAUUGGCCGGUAACAGAGGAGGAGGAGGAGGAGGAGGUGCGGUGCGGGGACGCCAGAAGCAAGCGAUUCGAUAA